AUGGCUGAUAAACAUAGUUUAAACUAUGAGGUUAGAGAAUUAAAAUUGGGAUCAAGUUUCACUAACAAUAAAGCAUCACAAUAUCACACAAUUAAAUAUGACUUCAAACCAGCUUCUGUUGAUGUUAAUAAAAUGGCCACUGUAGAUGUAGGAACUAACAAUCAAGUGACUGUAACUGUACCACAUUUAGAUGGCGCUGGCAUACCACAGACAGUGUUUAAGGGAAAUCAAAGGCCUUACACAAAAGAAUGUGUGCUUAUAAUAGAUAGAGAUACAGGAGAAAUCACAUUAGAAAAAUUAUCAAGUAAUAUACAAGUAAAAAAGACAAGGCAAGAGUCUAUUCAAAAGCCACGCCCCUUAACUCCUAUUACAAGCGAUCUCACAAACACCACACAAAGAUCGACAUCGCGUACCCGUGUUGCAACCAAUCGUCGAACUAACAAUAAUACUGGCCCAGCCAACAUGACAGCUCAAGUAACCCAGCAUCAUCAACGGUUUAAUGGCAGUGCAGCUUCCAAGACUCAUAACAUGGUGCGUUCACCGCCCAGAGUCAAAACGUCUCCACCCCAAGCGCCUUGGUCAGCAGGCGGCAACAGUACACUAGCGUCGCUUCCUAUGAUUGGUCUGGACGACGCUCCCAAUGGUCCUAGCGCUCCUAGUGUGCAUGCAACCAGUGCACACGUGCCUAGCGCGCAUGUACCUAGUGCGCACGCUCCUAUCGCUCACAUCCCAAGCGCCCAUGUCCCAAGUGUGCACACCCCUAGCGCACCCGUUGUCCCUAGCGUGCAUAGUGCCCCUAUUGCGCACGUUCCACCACCGCCGCGGCAUCUGCCGCCUCCCGCGCCGCCAAACCCCGCUACACAACGUCAAGAUGACAGCUCAUCUAGUUCAUCAAGUGAUAGUGACAGCGACAGUGGUAGCGGAAGUGACAGCGAUGAGAACGACUCUAGACCAUCUAUUCCUUCUGGUGCACCUAGCAACCCAGCCUUACCAACGGAUGUCCUUAACGACGAUCUCUGUUUGUCUGAAUCCGGCAGCGACUCUGACUGA